AUGGAAGAUAUACCGAAGAAUGCAGUGCAUCCAAUUGCUUCAUCUGAACUCAAAUCUACAGAAAAUAAUGAACACAAGAUAAAUUGCACAGUUACCGAAAAUCACAACAAAACUGUCCGUGAGAUCAUGCUAAGUGCUGUGAUCAUGAUUGCAGUAGCAUUUUUUUGGGCAAUGAGUACACAACUUACAAAGACAAUUCUUUUGCUGAAUCCGAAAUACUUUUAUGCUCCAUAUUUUAUGGUUUGGUUUAUGACAAACUUUAUGAUAGCUUCUUAUCCUUGUUAUCUAUCAUUGGCAUUACUUUUUGGUAAUUCAUCGUUGGUUACAAUCCACAAAGAAGCUUUGAUUGUAUAUGGUCAAAAUGUUAACAAAAUAUGGUCAUAUUUUUUGUUAACAAUAUUGUUUCUAUUUUUUUGGAUGCUAGCAAAUUAUGCAUAUUCUCAAUCGCUAGGUCAUAUAUCAGCUAGCGCAUCUUCUUCUAUUAUGAGCUGUAAUACAGCUAUGAUAACUGUAUUAGCUUGGAUUAUUUUGCGUGAUCGCUUCAUUUCCUUUAAACUUAUCUCAGUGGGAGCAGCGAUUGCUGGCGUUGUUAUAAUUUCUGUGGAUAAAGAAUUUGCAGGGGAUUCUUUUGGAGUAUUUUUAUCAAUACUUUCAGCUUUUUCAGCUGCCUUUUACAAAGUUCUUUUCAAGAAGUUUCACGGAAACGCCAGUAUUGGACAAGUCUCAUUAUUCCUUACUGGUUUAGGCCUUCUUAAUUUUUUCUUCAAUUCUAUUCCUGCAUUACUGUUACUUUUAAUGAAGGCUGAGAUUUUUACUUGGUCAGCAGUGCCAUGGAUUCCACUUUUUGGUGUUGCAUUUUUAUCUUAUUUAUUCAAUUUCCUCAUAAAUUUUGGAAUAGUGCUGACGCAUCCACUAAUUAUAUCUAUUGGCAUGUUGCUUGGUAUUCCAAUUAGUGCUGGUAAUUAUUACAUGCAAAUUAUAGCAGGAACAGAGUCCGCCACAACAAAGCUACGAUAUGAAUUGAACUAA